AUGUCCGCAACAAUCUUCCUGGACAGCCGACACACGCACUAUACCAAUCUCGAUUUUCUAUCGGGAAAGGUCGUGCUACAGCUGCCGACCGAAGCCGCAAUUGGAGGUAUUCAGGUCAAGCUGGAGGGCGUGAGCCGUACCCGGCUGUCCGGCCCUCGCCAUCCACACCAUGUGAACUCGGAUAAGAAACGGACGGAGCUGGAGGUGCACAAGAUCCUCUACAAGGUUGCGACCGUCUUCCCCACGCCGGCUGUUAUGCAGACAGGUUCACCAGCGACCUCGUACACCUUUGCGCCUGGAUCCUAUGAAUACCCGUUCAACUUUAAGUUCCCUUUCAAUAACUCCUGCACUGCGACCAAUAGCAUGCGAACCAACCUGGUCACUACAGGGCUGAAGGUGGAGAUGGCCCGCGAUACCACCCGACAUGUCAAAAAAACACUACCUCCAUCCUUGAGUGGGUUUCCCGGUAUGGCCGAAAUCGAGUAUUUCAUCAAGGUCACCGUCAUCAGACCCCAGUUCUAUAAGGAGAAUAUCCGUUCAAUUGUCCCAUUGAACUUCCUCCCAAUCGAGCCACCCAGAAUCGGGAAUCCCAAUGAGGAGACAUACGCUCGGCGACAACAUCAAUUCUCUAAAAUGCCGCGGAAUGCUCCAAGGAAGAAGAGCAGCAUCUUCAAUCGGAGUACCAAUCCGUUCCGUGAAGUGGAGACAGAGCCUCCCCGAGUCUCAGUCGAUGCUCGACUUCCAAACCCCUCAAUUCUCACCCUCAACGAACCAGUUCCGCUUCGGCUGAUGGCGAAAAAGCUGUCUGAUUCCCCGGAAACAAUCUUCCUGCAAAUGCUCCAAAUUGAACUUAUCUCCUACACUAAGAUUCUUGCACAUGAUUUGACGCGACAGGAAAGCGGCUCAUGGGUUGUCAUGAGUCGGAGUAAUAUGAGCUUGGCCCUGGGACAGCCAGGAGAUCCUGCUGGCACUGAAUGGACCAUUGAUCCCAAGUUAUGGAGUACCUUACCACUUCCUAACUCGGUUGCGCCCUCAUUUGAGACGUGCAAUAUCGAGAGAAGCUACGAACUGGAAGUUCGAGUUGGGCUGACUCACGGCACAACCGGGAAUAUGAAGCCUCAACUUAUUGUGCUUCCCUUGCGAAUGCCCAUCAAGGUCUACUCUGGAAUCGCACCUCCUCAGGCCCUGCUAGAUGCCAUGGCAGCUGCCGCCCCACUACAAUCACCUUCCAAGCCAACCUCCGGACCAUCCAGACCCACAUCGAACGAGGCCAACCGACCUCCCAUGCCUCCACGACCCAGCACAGAACCCAUCCCAGCAGAUGCAGGCGCAGUCUACGACGACGCACCCCCCAGCUACGAGGACGCAAUGGCAGAGAAUCUAAGCCCGGUAGAUGGACCACGCCGCGAGUAUCACCCACCAGCCGCCUCUUCCUCCCGAAGAACAGUGGAAUCUGGAGCUGAUGCCAAAUCCCCAGCCCGAACGGGAAAGGCCCGUGAGGAUGGUCCCGCAGCCGAGGGUUCAUGGACUCCUCCUACCCGUGACGGCCGUUCUUCCUCCGAGUCCUUUGACAUGUUACCCACCACCCCGCCUGAGUCGCACUCUGGAUCUCCGCCUGCAUCGCCGGUUAGACGUUCCCAGAGUAUGAUGAAGGUUCCGAGGAAUCAGGCUAGCGAAGAAAGCCCCCCUCAGUAUCAGCCUGUUGCGGAGACGCAGCUGCAGCCUUUGAAUGCGGUUGAACGGCAGCCUUCCAGGAAUAAUUUGCGGCCUAUGAAUUUGGGUGUGCCGACGAGGAAACCUGUACCGCAGAAUUCGAAUAGGCCGCACUAG